AUGCAGCUGGCUUCACGCGACGCGUCGUCGCGCGGCGUGGUGGCGAAUCGCGUGCUCAUCCCGUGCUUCCUGGCUUUACACGUGGCGUCGGCAGUUUCGAGUGAACCUGAGCUGGUGCUAUCCUCGCUCCCCCUCAUAGCAUUCGCGCAGGUUCUCUGUGCAGCCUCGUUGGGUCACCUCGCUCACCAAUCCUCCCCCCAAUCCUCCUCAUCCUCCUCAUUCCUCCCCCGGCCGCUUCAUCUCUCUCCACUCCCCUCAACCGCUCUGCACCAACUCGCUGCCGCCAUCUCCGUCUCCCUCUCCUCCCUCAACCAACCGGCCGCCGAACCAACCACCGAACCAGCCGCCAAAUCUGCUGCAGCAGCAGGCGGUAGUGACGCUGCUGGCAAUCUCGGCGGUCGGCUCGGCUCGCCAGUGAUGACGCUGCUGUUGCUGGUCGUCAUGACGGCCGUCUGUGAGACAGGGGGAGGCGGCGACGGACUGGCGGGACAACUGGCGCUGCUCGCCGUGGGCGGGUGGGCCCCGGCGCUACUCAUUCUGGCAUGCAACGCUCUGCUGUGGAUCCAAACGCGGCCAGAUGCAAUGGAUUCUAGCCUGCUUUCGAGCCCCUCUGGGCCGUCGCUUUCGAAUCAUUUCUUCACCCCUCCUGUUCUUGGAGUGAGUUCGGUUGCCCUGUUGUUUCUCCCGCUCUCCUUCUCACCCCACCCACAUGCGCAUGCACAACCACACCCCUUUAUUCCCCUUUUCUCACCCUUUCAUCAUUUCCCUUCCCCUUCACCCUCAUUCACCUCCUCUCCAUACGUUCGUAUCCUUUGUCCUGCCGCCCAUCCACCCAUUUCUCUCCCACCCAUGUCUCUCCCUUGUCCUGCUGUCCACUCAUGUGUCUCCUUUCCUCUCCGUCUCCUGAUUGGCGCCACACCUCUCAGCCAACUCUUCCUCUUGCCACGUGUCACCGAUGGAUUGGCCGACACGAGCACUCUGUUAAUCGACAGCGGGUCCCUGCUGGCGUGGCUGCAGGGGCAAGCGGGCGAGAUGGCAGGUUGCAUGCACUGCCUCAUGGAGGCUGCAUCGUUCCUCGGUUCGGCCGCUCUGCCACUCCACCUCAUGGCGCUCGUCUCCUCUCUGGUCCCCCCCUUGGAACCGUCUCAAGCCCAGCAUCAGCAGCAUCAACAGCAGCAGCAGCAGCAGCAGCAGCAGCAAGGCAUCCUCGCACCUGUCAAGGCUACGCGGACCAGAGACGCUGCUGGUACUUCACCGGAGCUGCCCCUGUAA